AUGGCUUUGUUCCAAUUGAGAACCUUGUGUUUAUGUCUCCUCCUCCUUGUGUUCAAAACCUGCAUAGCCGGCCAACAACAUAAAGAUCGGAUUUAUCCUGGGUUCCAGGCAUCUCAGAUGGAUUGGAGUGAUAAUGGGGGGCUGUUCUUGCUAUCCAACAACACUGCUUUCGCCUUAGGAUUCUACCAAGCCCUUGAUGUCAAGUUGUAUUUACUAGUAGUCAUUCACUUGGGCACUUCUAAAGUGGUCUGGACUGCUAAUAGAGGCUCACUAAUUUCAAAUUCUGAUAAGUUUGCCUUUGAAAAAAAUGGGAACGCCUACUUGAGAAGCAGUAACGAUUUGGUUUGGUCUACAAACACAACAGGAGAAGUAGUUCAGCCAUGCAGUUGCAGGAUUCAGGAAACUUGGUAUUGCUUGGUGACAAAGGAAGCAUUCUUUGGCAGAGUUUUAGCCAUCCUACUGACACUCUUUUACCUGGCCAGGAGUUCUCAGAAGGAAUGA